AUGGCCGCCAGCACCAAGGCCGUGGCCCUCUUCAAGCGGACCCUGGCGCUGUCUCCCCCGCGGUGCCCCGGCGGCGGCCAGCGCUGUUCGUCCUCGCCGCUGCCCCUGCCGGGGGGCCGGCGCCGCGGGGGCAGCCGCCUCCUGCACCAGGGCUCCCCGCCGGGGGCCUGCCCGGCCUCGCCCCGCUUCCAGCAGCCCGUGUCCCCUCUGCUCUGCCCGCAGGACGCGCUCAGCGACGGCCUCCAGAUCUGCUACCGGUACCUGAACCAGACCAGCCGGAGCUUCGCCGCCGUCAUCCAGGCCCUGGACGGGGAGCUGCGUCAUGCUGUGUGCAUAUUCUAUCUGGUUCUCCGAGCUCUGGACACUGUAGAAGAUGAUAUGACCAUCAACUUAGAAACCAAGGUCCCAAUGUUGCAUGACUUCCACUCCUAUCUGUAUCAGCCGGACUGGAGAUACAUGGAGAGCAAGGAGAAGGACAAGCAGGUGCUUGAGGACUUCCCAACGAUCUCCUUGGAGUUCAGAAACCUUGCAAAGGUGUAUCGAGAUGUGAUUGUAGAUAUUUGUCACAAGAUGGGAGCUGGAAUGGCCGAGUUCUUGGAAAAGAAGGUUGACACCCAGCAUGAGUGGGAUAAGUAUUGUCACUAUGUUGCUGGGCUGGUGGGCAUUGGCCUUUCCCGUCUGUUCUCUGCAUCAGAGCUAGAAGACCCUAUCGUAGGACAGGACACAGAGCUUGCAAAUUCCAUGGGCCUCUUUCUUCAGAAAACCAACAUCAUUCGUGAUUAUCUGGAGGACCAGGUGGAGGGAAGAGAAUUCUGGCCCAGAGAGGUUUGGAGCAGGUAUGCUAAGAAGCUGUCGGAUCUCGCCAAGCCAGAGAACAUUGACGUGGCCGUCCAGUGUAUGAAUGAACUGAUCACAAAUGCAUUGCACCACGUCCCCGAUGUCCUCACCUACUUAUCUAAACUGAAAAACCAAAGUGUCUUCAACUUCUGCGCUAUUCCGCAGGUGAUGGCCAUCGCCACUCUGGCGGCCUGUUACAAUAACAAACAGGUGUUUAGAGGUCUAGUGAAGAUUCGGAAAGGACAAGCUGUCACUUUAAUGAUGGACGCCACAAACAUACAAGCUGUCAAGGCUAUAAUGUACCAGUAUGUGGAAGAGAUCUAUCAGAAGGUCCCAAGCACAGACCCUUCUUCUAACAAGACCCAGCAGAUCAUCGUCUCAAUCCGGACAAUGAGUUUGCCCAAUGGCGUCGAGGUAUCCCGUAACCAUUACUCCCCCAUCUACCUUUCAUGCGCCAUGCUUCUGGCAGCACUGAGCUGGCAGUAUCUGAGUGCGAUGUCAAAGGCAUCAGAGGAGUAUGUACAGGCCAGCGAGAACUGAGGGUUGGUGGGGAGAGCAAAGGUCAGUGGAUGGAUAAUGUUGGGAACAGGUUCUUCUCUCUUCCCUGUUGGAUCUGCUGCCCUGCGGGAUGCCAGACUGGUGUGGGCCCUUAAAGCCGUGAAUGGAAUGGCAAGUUUGAAGGUGUCGGUUGGCUCGCAGUAUUGUGUGUUGCAGCCACUAGCUAGCAGCUGGAUUUGGCUGCUUUCACUGUCCGGAAGAACACGUUACAAAUAAGACUGGUUGAGACUCACUUUUCCUCUUUGUGGGAGACUGUUUUACCUGAAUUCUGGCCAGGAUAUUUUUAAAUUGCCUGUCACUUGUAAUUUUUGACACUUCCUUCCUGUAAAAAGUUGCAUGACAUGAGCCUUUACGUUCUCUCAUCUGCCCUGUGUGUGUUCUGACCUCAGUACCUUCAUUGCUCAGCAACUGAAUGUUUCCAGCAAGUCAGCCAUCUUGGAAGCCACCAUUCCCUCAGGUGGAUGAAAUCUUCAAUUCACUGGGGAUCUUACAGUACAGAGAUGAGUGCAUAAGUUCUAGGCCUCCCCAUCCUCGUACUAAAGAAUUGUGAAGAGAUACUAGCCUUAAAUAGUAGAGCUACUGUAAUAUCGUGGAUGUAGCUUUCCAGUGAGAUCGCUUUGUACAGUUUAGAGCUCAGAUGCUGAAAGCCGAGUAGAUGGCAGUACAUGCAAAGCUUAUUUCUCAGCGAAAGUGAAGGUGGGGAAUGUGUGUGGGCAGGCUGGAUGAUGACUGCUAAGUCUGGUAGGAUACAGCUGUACUGCUAGUGAGUAACAAGCCAUCCAAUGGGGGUCUUGAGAUAUAAAAGGUAGCUCCUGAUCCAUCCCUUGGGGAUGGUUUUCCCCAUCAAACCAUGCAGUGAGGGUCCCCUUGCCCCUGCCUGGGCAAAGGAGGUGCACUGUAGUAAGGGACUACAGCUGUGGUCGUGAGUGGGAGGCAGAAAAGCUGCUAGCUGAGCUGUAAGGGAACCAAGGAGGUGGGUCUUGAGUCAGCAAACCUUCCUGACCUGGAGAGAACAAGGGGAAUGUUGGAGUCUUUCUCCCCCAGUCCCUCUCCUGUAUUUGUGCCCCCACCCAGGCUGACAGUAUGGCCUAGAGGCACAGGUAUCCUCUUUGGAGCGGUAACUAACCAGCUCUGGAAGGAGGGUGAUUGCAUACCUGCUCUCCGUGCAUUCAAACUUCCUUUGGAAACAUGACUCCUCACAUGCCACUAUUUUCUGUGGCUAAACCAGCGUUCCUUUCACCCAUGCCCUCUUUGGGGUGCGCAGAUACAGCCUGCAGGACUGUCAGCAAUAAAGAUGCACACAAUGCUGGUUUUGACACCUUGUGGCUGUGUCCUUCGGGACACUGGCUGUUCAGAUGAAGUAGUCGACAGUGAAUACUGUUAUCUGUGCUAGUUGUCGAUUGCUUCCAGCUCCUGUAAAACUCAAAGUGCCUGUGCUGGAGACAAGAAUGGAAAUUCUUCAGACUGAGACGUAUGGGCUGCGCUGGCAGAGUUCCACUUACAGCAGCUCUGAACUUAGCCUUGUCCUGCCAGUUUCAGCGGGUGGCAGGCUUCACAAAUCGGUCUUGAAGAACCUUCAUGAAGGAAACAGACACUGGUCUCUCUGGACUCAAGAAAAUCCUCCCACCAGCUCUGAAACAGACUUUUAAAGGCUCUUCCUACGAUGACUGUAGAAGUAGUAGGGCUGGCACCAGGAAGUCUGUUUAAAAGCAGGUGGGUCGGCCGUCUUCGCUUUCAGUUCAGAGGGGACGGGUGUCUUCAAGAUUAACCCUCCCUCCAGUCGUCUUUUAGCUAGCACAGCUCAAGUUUUAAAGCCGUGUCUUUGAAUAGAGGUAAGUGUGUUUAAGGAAGACAGGUGCUUGCUGCUGCUCUAACUCACCCCACCUGCUGUUACAUUGUGGACUAGUGUGCUGAGUGACUCCCCUGCUUUUCAUUAACAUCUGGUGGAGUACGGCCCUGGAGAAGGGGGCUGAGGAGCGAUUAUCAGUGCUGUUCUGGGAAGCAACUCUCUCCCUGUUAAACCUUCUGUUCCCCAAAGCAAGCUUGAUGUGGCUGCUUUUAAACAGCAGAAGCAGCUGGAGUUGUAGAUGUGCACCCAUUGUGGGAAAGGUAACUGAAGUUUAGGAGUUGGGAUCUCUACCAGGAUCUGUCUUGUGGUUGGGUGCAAGACCAGUACUGCACAACAAUGCUAUUACAUGGCAAGCUCUACUCCAUGGGGAUCCGUGUACAUACUUUGCUUAAUUCAAUGUUGAUGUGAGUAUUGUUGUUUUGCUCUUGAUGCAGAGAGGUCUGGGCUUAAGUUCUCAGCUUCCCUUAUCAACAAUAAAUAAUUUCUUUACCAAGAA